GAGAGAGAGAGAGAGACGGUAAAAAGAAAAAGAAGAACAGUCAGUUUCGUAAGAAGAAAAAUCUCAGAAACUACGAGUGAGAGAGAGAGAGAGAGAUUAUUCCUUUCCUGAUCUUUCUAGUUUGCACGAUUCGAAAUCCAAAGAUGACAGACAGAGUCUACCCUUCUUCCAAGCCCACCAGCAUUAACGGCACCGCCACCGCCGGUGUUAAUAACACGACAACCCCAGCCGCCCCUGUCAAGCCUCAACUCCGGCAACCUUACCGACAUCCACCCCAGUACCACAACCACCGACGCCGACGCAGCCGACGUGGCCUUUGCUGCUGCUGCUGCUUCUGGUCGCUCCUUGUAUUCCUCGUGGUGACUCUUCUCGUUUCCAUCGCCGGUGUCGCACUCUACGUCAUCUACCACCCCCAGCGGCCCCAGUUCUCGGUCACAUCCCUCCGCAUUUCCAAGCUCAACCUCACCACCACCGCAGACUCUUCCUCGCACGUUUCUUCCCUCCUCAACCUCACUCUCUUCUCCAAGAACCCGAACUCCCAAAUCACCUUCUUCUACGACCCCUUCGUCCUUUCUUGCUUAUCUUCACACUCAGUCCAAAUCGCCAACGGCUCUAUCCCGGCGUUCGUCAGCGACAAGAAGAACGAGACGACUUUUCGAACAAUCCUGGCGGCGUCGAGAGAUCUGGACACGGAUUCCGUGACGGCUCUGAGGUCGGAUCUGAAGAGGAAGAAUGGCGUCCCCAUGAAGAUUCAGAUGGACACCGAAGUGAAGGUGAAGCUGGGAGGUAUGAAGAGCAACAAGGUGGGUAUAAGGGUUACUUGUCAGGGUAUCAAUGGGGUUGCACCGAAAUCCAAGUCCCCGUCGGUGGCUUCUGUUUCUGCAUCCAAAUGCAAGGUCGAUCUACGGAUCAAGAUCUGGAAGUGGACUUUUUAAGUAAUUAUCACUAAAUUUUCUUUUUUUAUUUCUUUUUUUGGGUUUGCUUUGCUCUUUAUAUUUCUUUUUUUUUUAUGGGGUUUUUGAGAAGUUUCAAAGAUGAAGAUUGGUCUGAGAAUUUGAGGUUGAUAGAAGAUUAUAAAAGGGAUUAAGAUUAGAGUUCUUUUGGUAAAGUUUUCUUUUUUAAUUUUUUGGGAAGUUUGAUGCUGUAAGCAAUUCUGGAAUUCAAUGGUUAUCAACUCCACGAUGAUUUCAAUU